AUGAGAUCUCAAAGAGUUUUCCCAGGGAAAACCAGAGUUCCUUUAAGCCCAACAGCUGCGCCCUUAAGCCAUCGCCAGUUCUCCUUGCAUACCUUGAAUAUGCCUAUAAUUUUAUCACCUAUUAAAGAAAAUACUUUGGAGCCUAUAAAAGACUUGGAAGGGCCAGACUACAAACAAAACAGCCAAGCAGUUUCUGGAAGCACUUCGUCAACAAUGUCUCCGUCGCCUUCAAACCGAGGAAAUUCCUUUAAUAGCCAGCUUAAUUUUGCACUGAAAAGCUUUCAGCCAGAGUCUCCCAAAAAAACCUUAAAAUGCAUGGAUCCUGCUACUCCAACAAAUCCUAAAAGAAUAAGCCGUAAAAUUGUUCCAAACCUCAGCCAUGGACUGCCUCCAUCAAGAACGUCAAGUGCAUCACCUACCCGAAGUCUAUUUUUUGCAUUAGACCAUGGCCAAAAAUCAAAGGUUUUCCCUAUUUCUCCACAGCAAGCAUUAAGUUCUUAUAGUGCAGCUUUGUCAGAUCUAGAGAAAGAAGAAAUUACGAAAUAUAGCCAAAUUUAUUAUUUAAGUGCGAUUUUUGAUAAAGAGAUCAAAAAUUCGGCUGAUGCUAGCGGAAUGUUCGUACCGGCGAUUGGAGAUCAUAUUGCCUAUAGAUACGAAAUCCAAAGCGAGCUCGGACGAGGCGCAUUUGGGAUAGUUUUAAAAUGCAUUGACCAUAAAAGUAGCGAAAUAGUCGCUGUGAAGUUGAUGAAAAAUAUGAGUGAGUUCAGAAAAGUUGGGGAAGAUGAAGAUGGAGUUUUAAACCUGCUUGCUAGUGGGGACCCUGAAGAUUCAAUGUGCAUUGUCCGAAAAACAAAAAAAUUCAUUUUUAGAGGGCAUUUAUGUCUAGUUUUCGAGCUACUAAGCUUAAAUUUAUAUGAAUUACUAGCUCCCCCCCUCCGUGAGUGAACAAAAAAAUUUUGUGGUGGUUAAUUUUUAUUUUUUAAAAAUUUAUAUAUAAAAUUUUUUAUAAAAAAAUUUUUUUUUCGAAAUUUAAAACAAUCCUAAUUCGCAAAAAUUUGAAAGCAAAUAUUAAUUUAAUUUAUAAAAUUUUUUUUAAAAAAGCAAUUCGUUUAAAAUUAAACAGAAUCAGCUCUAGAUUUCAUUAUAACACUUAUAUAUCAAAAUUUUUUUCCAUAAAAAAAAAUUUAGUUCACUCACGGAGGGUGGAUUUUUGGGCAAAAAAAUAGCGAUUUUUCUAAUGGUUUUGUUCACUCACGAAGGGGGGGAGUAAGGAAAAAAGACUCAAAAGGCUUGGAGUUGUCAUUGAUAAAACGUAUUGCAACUCAAAUUUUGAUUGGGUUAAAAUACAUCCAUUCCAAUAGAAUUAUCCAUGGCGACUUAAAGCCUGAAAAUAUUUUGUUGCGACAAGAAAACAAGUCAAGUAUCAAAAUCAUAGAUUUUGGCUCAGCUUGCAAAUUAGGUGACCGACUGUACAGUUACUUGCAGAGCAGAUAUUAUAGAGCUCCUGACUCCCCCCCCCUUUUAAUUGAAACAAAAUAUAGGUAAAAUUCCUACUUUUUUGGGAAAUUACCCCCCCUUUAAAUUGAAACAAAAUUUUAUUAUAAUAGAAAAUUUUAUAGGUAAAUAUCAUUAUUUUAUAUGUAAAAUACGUUAAUACCCUAUUUAAUAUGCUUCAAGCAUAUAAGAUUUAGAAAUUAAACUCUAUUUUGUCCAAUUGCUGUGGGGAGAGUUAGAAGAAUACCAUUUCAGCAAGUUUACACUUUGAGAUUGAGAAAUUUAUGAAUUAAUUUUUCAUGAAAUUCUUUAAAUUUAUAUAAUUUAUUUUCUAUAAAAUUUUAUCUCUGAAAAAAUUUUUAUAUAUAUAUAAAUUUUUUUAUAAAAAAAUUUUCUUAACCCCCCUUAAAAUGAAACAAAAUUUUUUGUUUCAAUUUAAAGGGGGGGGGAGUGAGGUAAUUCUUGGAGCCGGCUAUAACACUCAAAUUGAUAUGUGGUCUCUUGGUUGCAUUCUUGCAGAAUUAGCACUUGGGCGACCUCUGUUUCCGGCCGAAUCUCAACAUGAUUUGCUUUUAAGAAUAAUUUCAGCUAAAGGAAGACCUCCAGAGAAUUUAUUAUCAAGAUCAAGAAACAAGCACAUAUAUUUCGACGAAAACAAUGAACCAAUAACUAUUUCUAGACUCUUCUAUAUACCAAGCGCAAAGCUGCUCUGUGAAUAUUUUGAGGGCUUUGAUAUAAAAUUUAUCGAUUUUAUAGAAAAAUGUCUUGACUGGGAUCCAAGUUCAAGAAUAACUGCAGAAUCAGGACUACAGCACGAAUGGAUUAAAGGAGAAGGGGUCAGAAAGCUAUCAAGAGCUACCUUAUCUGCGAGAGCAAGACCAAAUAAUUAA